UUCAAUAGUACUGUGCAAAAUGUAAACAAAGCAAAAUCGCCAAAUGUAGGUGACAGCAGAUAGCGUGUGUUACUUAUCGGCGCCGAUGAUCCAUUCGGGGCAAAGUGUGACUGGGGCAUUACAUACAGGACGGACGCUGGAACUAGAUGUCAAGCUGAAGAGUGCUGUGGAUGAUGAUGCUUGCCGUGGCAGUUGGAGUUAUGAGUGGUGUCUUCAUCUGGCUCUUCCUCAAACCAAGCAAUCCUCGCAAUGGUGUUUAUGCUGUGCCAGGUCGAUGGUACUGGUUGAAAAAGGCUGUGUUCUAUUUGAUGUUCUCUGCCCGUAAACGUCAGAACAAGAAGAAAGGUCAAGGUCAGUCUGACAAAUUUUCAAAGGGCUACGGGAAGGGCAACACUGACCUUGCCAGCAUCGAUGGCCCCCAGGUCCUGGGUGAAGAUCCUUAUGCAAUAGAUACAGCCUACUAUGCUGGGUUUGGAGAGGAUGGUACCAAGGCUGUGUUCCGUAUUGCUCGUCGCCAUGGACGCAGCGCCGAACUAUGGUUGUUUCUGGAUCUGCCAGGUAUUGGCCAGCUGCAACACCCGGUCCACCCAGAUACGGAUGUUUAUAACACAGAUGGGCAGAUUUCUGCUGGUGGACUGACCUUUGAACUUCUUCAGCCAAUGAGGAGAUGGAAGAUCACAUACAGUGGUUUGAUGAGGGUAGGGCUGUGCAACGAUGUGGAAACCAAACCUGACCAUUUUGUAGAGACCAAGAUUUCCUUCAUCUGGGAUGCUUUCACUGAUCACUUCAACUUUGACAUGGACAUCAGUGCUUCGGCCAUCGCUGAUGGUGUUGCUAGGGAGCUGUGGACAAAGGAAUUCUGGGCCAGACUUCAAAGCAAGCAUCAGACCCACUAUGAGCAGUGGGGGGAGAUGAGGGGGAGGAUCGCAGUGGAGGGGUACGACGAGAGACGACUCAGUCUCAAAACUAUGCGAGAUCAUAGCUAUGGUGUGCGUGACUGGAGAAGCUUCUACCGAUAUGUGAUCCACUUUGUCUAUGUUGAGACUGGCUUGACAGCCCAGGUGGGGAUUGUCAGCCAUCCAGAUACAAUGUCCCACUUGAUGAUCGGGUACGUGGCCUACCCCAACGGGGACCUUGUGUCUGUGAGUCAUGUCAGCCUGAAACUGUGGGAGGUAGGAGAGGACGGUACCCCACCCAAACAGUACAGCUUCACCUUUACUGCUGACAAUCAGCUAUACACCAUCGAGGUGCGAACAGGCAUCACGCCUGUCUGGUAUCACCAUGACGACCGUGGGGGAAAAGUGAUGGAGGUCUUCUGUAACUACACAGUCAACGGCCGUGACGGCAGAGGGCUGGUGGAGUACUUUUACAGAAACACUGAUGGCCCCAGCUACACCCAGCAGACGUCUCACAGGAUGCUGACAGAGCCCUCUAGUGAGGAGACUGUGCAUGAAGAGGGCAGCCUCAUUCUGACUUUCACCCAUCCUAGCUGUGCUAGUUCCCAUCUUGUAGGAGGCAAGGGCUCCCAACUGGCUCUCCUCUCACAGGUCCAGGCCGAGUUGAGCGUCUCGGUGCCGAGCGGUGUUUGUGUCACGCUAGCAGCCUUCAACAGACAGCUCCAGUUUAACGAUUGUCUGGAUGUAUCCAUUGAAAACAUCAAAGGCUGUAUUGUACAUUGCAACCAUGACAAACUGUCCAGUGCCUGUUCGGACACAGUGGAGCUUUUUGCAACCACACCCAUCUGUGAGAGCGUGAGGGCAGCCAUCUUGGAUAGCCUAGGCUCUCUCUUCACAGAGAGUUAUGAAUCAAAGAGAUUUGCUGUCAGAUCCUCAGCUGCAGGGGAGGAUGGCAAUGAAGCAUCAAGUGCUGGGCAGAUGGAGACAUUCCUGGGUGUCACAGGGACCAGUGAGAUUCUUGAUGCUGUACGGAAAUGCUGGGCCUCUGCCUAUACAUUCCAAGCUGUGGAAUACCGCAGACAACAUGGCCAGCCAAUCAGGACAGCUGUGGGUGUGGUCAUACAAGAAAUGGUCCAAUCAGAAGUCUCAGGUGUAUUGUUCACAGCAGAUCCCAUCACAGGUAGCACCAGCAAGUUGACACUCAAUGCCAACUUUGGCCUUGGAGAGUCUGUGGUGUCGGGGAAGGCUGAUCCGGACACCUUCACGGUCAGACGGAGAUGGGGGGACCAACUGGACAUCACAGACAGACAUCUCGGCAAAAAGAACAUUAUCAUGGUUAUGACAGACAGCAGUGGUGUUGAGGAGAAGAAUGUUGCUGCCGAUGCUGCAGUGGCAAGUCUCUCAGAUGACGAUGUCCUGCGACUUUGUCACACUGGAGUACAGUUGGAGAAAUAUUUUGGAAAUAGCCGAGAUGUUGAAUGGGCAAUGGCUGAGAACAAGAUCUUCCUUCUUCAGUCCCGACCAAUCACAACAGCUGACCAGGAGACAGAGGAGGAGCUACUGCAUGAGUUUGACAGCCCUCUGGCAGCUGACUACGAGCUGCUCACCACAGGGAACAUAGGGGAGAUGAUGCCCCACGCUAUGACCCCCCUCACCUGGAGCCUCUUCUUCCAGGCCAUCGACUACAGCCUACAGGGUUUCAUGAAGGGCUGCGGGGCACGGCAGAGGAUUGCCACCGUCAACAAGUCUGUAUAUUCCUGCUGCAACCACCUGUUUAUAGCCAUGCAUCAUGUGGACGCCCUGAUUCUGGCAGCAGCAGGGACCAAGAAGGAGAUAGCAGAGUUAUCUCUCCUUGGGAUGACUCUCCCACAGCUCAAGAUCGAGGAAGUAAAGGACUAUGUUGGCAGGAGCACAUCAAGCUUUGGGAAAAUUAUGAACUUCUUCAAUCUCCUUAAAACAUCAUCGGACGGCAACAAGUACACGAGGAUCUGGGAGAAGCGUCUGAAGACGUACAGUGUGGGCGUGGGAUGUGACCAAGCCGAGGCGCUGUAUGCCGACAUUCACAGCCAGUUGAAGGUCUACUGGGAGGUAUGGUUGUACACGCUGAUCAACAGUUCCCGCUCAGGAAGUUGGGCCACUAUCCUCAUGUCUGUGCUCACUCAGGGGAAGGGAGAGUGGCUGAUGGAGCACUAUGGAGACAUUGCCAUGCUGUUGUCUCAGUGUACGGACGUGUACAGUGCCGAUGUACCGUCAGGCAUGCAGAAUCUGGCCAAGGAAAUCGCAGCGUCAGGCCUGGUCAAGGAGUUCCUGACACUGUCAGAUCAGGACUGUGUGAAGAUGGUGAAUUCGGGGAGACAUCCAGAAAUACAGAGGAAGUUCUCUGACUUCCUUGACCAUCACGGACACAGAUGUAUCCGAGAGGCUGAGAUGCGAGAGAAAUCAUGGCAGUCAGAGACUGAAAAACUCAUCAAAGUCAUCAAGACGAUUCUCCAAACCAAGUCCUAUGACUCCAAACCUAAACCAUCCGAGUCUGUGUCCCAGAUCAUUGCCAAACUGAAAACUCCUCUAACAUUCUUCCAAAAACUGAUAUUGAGAGGCCUGUUGCCGAAGGCGAGAUCCGCCGUUGGGGCGCGAGAGUGGGGCAAGUCUACAUCAGUGGUGAUGUCUGAGAAGUUCAAGCAGGCAUACUGGAGACUUGCGUCCCUCAUGGUGUCAGAGGGUCGUAUUCCGGAUGAAGAUCUCCUGUUCUUCCUCACCCACCAGGAGAUCGGGACUCUCAUCUCCACCCACUCCGCCCGCCUCAUCAUCAAGGCUGUCAGGAGGAGACGUGUACAUUCCAGGCAGAUGACUCUCAGGUUCCCCAAACUCAACAUCGGCCACCCUGUACCUAUCGAUGACAGCAAGAGAGAGGCCUCUGUGACCAGUGCUACUGAUGUACUCAAAGGUAUGCCAGUCAGCCAGGGUGAGGUGCAGGGUCCGGCAAGAAUCAUCACCAGGCUUGAAGAUGCUGGCAGUAUACAGGCUGGUGACAUACUGGUUGUGAUGUGCACGGAUGUUGGUUGGUCUCCAUAUUUCCCCCUAAUAGCUGGACUCGUCACAGAAAUGGGCGGGCUGCUCUCUCACGGAGCGGUGGUAGCACGAGAAUACGGAAUCCCCUGUGUUGUGAAUGUGACUGACGCAACUAUAAAGAUAAGAUCAGGUGAGUUGUUGGCCCUGGACGGACUCCGGGGGACUGUGAAGAGGCUGAAGCCAUCUUACCUGUUGACAUCUCCACUGGAAACACCAUUGUAAACAAAAAAAAUGAAGUGCUAAUUUGGAGUUCAGCAUAACCACUCACUUUUUUAGAGUGACAUUGAAAUAUUUCUUUCUGGAAUGAACAAAAAAUAAUACAAACCACAUGAUCCAAAUCUGUGCCAUAGUGAACAAAGACUUAUAACUCCAUCGCCUCUGAAUAUGUGUGUUGCUAUUUGUACCAACAAGUCAAGUGAAAUCAGUAAGCAGGUGCAUCAGUUUACACAAACUGCGAUGUGUCUCAGUGUGCUGUACACCCUGCUUCAGUGUUAGGUAGUGGUAAUAACUUAUAUAUCUUCUUAGCCGAUACAUUCAGUAAGUUUGACGAAAUCCUUUCAACAUUUUCCGACUAACCUUUCAACAUUUUUCGACUAACCUUUCAACAUUUUCCGACUAACCUUUCAACGAUAUCGGCCUUGGUUCCUGUCAUCGGCAGGCCUUGGCAAUCCAACCACCGUUUCAGCUGAACAACUGAAUGACAGUCAGUGUCGAGAUAAAUAAAUGUCGCUCCAGGGACGUCAUCAGGCAUGAGUGAUAUGUUAAAAAAAGUACAGGUAGAAGCCAUGGCGAUAAUAAUAUGAAGACAGCUGUCAAACUAAGGUGGCGAAAAACUGCAUUGUUUGUCCCUCGACAUAUUAUUGUGCAUCACGAGAUGCAUGUGUGCACACAAACUGUCACAUAAGCAAUGAAAUGGCUUAUGGUAGUUUGCACAAAGUCUUGUGCCAUGUAUGGCUGAUUUUACAUCUGUAAGUUGUACACGGACUGGUUUCAUUUGCUAAGAUUAGAGUCACAGCAGCAGUAUUGCAGCUGUUAACAUCUAUUCUGAAGUAAGCCUGAGAAACAGAACUGAAGUGCUUGCUACAAAAUACUGAUCAGAGUGUUCAGUAAUUACCUCAAGAAUCACAUGCUCAAAAUGUGACCAAUUUAUGUUUUCUUCAUGUAUAUGUAAAUAUCAAAAUUUACCUUUUAUUGACUUGGUAUGUGUAUGUUAAUUUUCUUUUAUGAUACCUUAGUCAUCCACAUUUUUAUACUGUAUUUUUGUCUGACAAAGUUAUGGUGAAAAUUCCAGAUG